AUGAACAUCGAUGACCUUUUCAAGGUUCCUAAGCUGCCUCCAGGAAAACGGAAGCUGCCCGACAAUCCGUCAAUGGAGAUGCUCAAAAAGUUGAAGAUGGAUACAGUUUCGCAACCCGUCUCGGCUUCCAGCUCGAACGGAAACAGCAGGAAAGCUACCGUUGAAGAAGUUGCUGAUGAAGAUGAGGUCAUGGAAGACGCCAACGACUUUGCGCCAGGAGGCGACGCGGAUUAUUUUGUGGAAGAAGAUGAUGAGGGUCGGUUUUUCGGUUCUGGGCUAUCUUCUGAACAGAAGGAAAUCCUGAAUAUAUUUGAUAAUGCGGGAGAGGGAAUGCAAGACGACCCAGACGCGCUUUCUAUCACCAGCAUCCGUAGAAUGCUUCUCCGUUUCGAACGCGCCGUGAACAAAAACCAAGACCACAGGUCAAAAUAUCCCGACGACCCCACGAAAUUCAUCGACUCGGAGGCAGAUCUGGACAGCGCCAUCAAGGGUCUACUGCCACUCGCCCAAGCGCCCGUUCUGGCCUAUCCAGAGCUUGUCCGUUCCGGUGCUGUUGGGCUAUUAAUUGGGUUAUUGAGCCACGAAAACGCGGACAUUGUCAUUGAUGUUGUCGAAGUAAUCCAUGAACUUACGGACGAAGACGUCGGCAACGAAGGAGCAGACGAGGAUGAAGACGAAGAACGAACACCUGAAGAGGCGUUAAAGGUUCUCAUCGAGGGGCUCGUUGAAAACUCCAUUCUAGAAUUAUUGGUGGACAACUUGACGCGCCUUAACGAGGCCGAAGAGUCAGAUCGCGUGGGUGUGUUCCACAUAAUGGGCAUCUUUGAGAACAUCUUAGGCUUUAAUCCCGAUUUAGCAGCUCAACUUGUAUCAAAGACCUCUCUCCUGCCUUGGUUGCUAAAAAGGAUCGAGGCCAAAACCUACGAUGAGAAUAGAGGCUACGCCGCCGAGUUGCUGUCUAUCAUCCUCCAAAACAACCGCCCAAAUCGCCUCGAAUUUGGGAAGUGUGAUGGCGUCGAGAUAUGCCUCAAAGUUCUUUCGCAAUACCGUCUCCGAGAUCCUGUCAAUGCGGACGAAACCGAGUUCAUGGAAAACGUUUUCGACGCGCUCUGUUCCGCUUUGAAUGAAGAAGCCAUCAAGACUUUGUUCAUAACCUCAGAAGGGCCUGACCUGUUGGUACUCAUGAUGAAGGAGAAAUUACAGUCGCGCUCGCGGGCAAUCAAAACCUUGGACUAUGCGUUGUCCGGAACCUCUGGUACUGCAACAUGUGAGGCCUUCAUCGAAGCUUUGGGACUGAAAACACUCUUCUCCGCGCUUAUGGGCAAGGGCAACAAAAAGCAGAAGCAGAGCAUCACAACCCCAGCGUCGGAAGACACAGCACAUAUUCUUGGUGUUAUAUCAUCGCUCUUCUCAAACAUUCCAUCGGAAUCGCCGAGCAGAGUGCGGUUACUAGCUAAAUUUGUCGAAGCCAACUACGAGAAGGCGGACAAACUGUUGGAAAUAAGGGAGCAUGCCACGAACAGACUGAAAUCGGCUGAAGCUGAUAUUGAAGUCGAAAAGAAGGAACUCUUAGCUGCGGGCGAAGAGGUUUCUGAGGAGGAAGAAGAUGCUUGGUAUCUAAGACGCCUCGACAAUGGUUUGUUUACGUUACAAACCGUGGACUACAUCCUAGCUUGGAUCGCGAUGGAAGAUGAUGGGAUUCGUGGGCAUUUAUUGCAGAUGCUGGACCGCAAAAAUUUGUCGUUGAAGGAUAUAACGCGCACUUUACGGACGUUUUACGAUAAUGUCGAUGAGCCUGAUCCUCCUCCGUCAACUGCCAGUGAGAGCGAGCGUAUUCCAACCCAAAAGGAGAUCCUCGCAGCUCUUAUCGCGGCGCUGGACCCUGAUGUGUAG